UGGUGGGGCAGAAACCGGAAGCGGCUCGACACAGGCUGGGAGUUGCUGGACAGCCAUUGCAGCGUCGUGGCUCAGUAACAAAACACGAAAGCAGAAGAAGAAAACCUGAAUCCGCAGGCUCUCUUUUGACCCGGGGACCAACUUUUUCAUGGUUGUAGCAGCAAACCCACAAAGUGAAUUCAUCUGUACAUAACUAACGGGAUUCAACAGCUCCGGAUAUGGCACAAUUAUUAGAUUGGAUUUAUAGUGGUUUCAGUAGCGUACUGCAGUUUCUAGGACUGUACAAGAAAUCCGGCAAGUUAGUAUUUCUUGGCCUGGACAAUGCUGGCAAGACAACGCUACUGCACAUGCUCAAAGAUGACAGAUUGGGACAGCAUGUGCCAACUUUACAUCCAACCUCGGAAGAGCUGACGAUUGCUGGGAUGACUUUCACCACCUUCGACCUUGGAGGCCACGCACAAGCCCGCAGAGUGUGGAAAAACUACCUCCCCGCCAUCAACGGCAUUGUCUUCCUUGUGGAUUGUGCGGACCACCCCAGAUUGGCCGAAUCAAAAACAGAACUUGAUGCACUAAUGACAGACGAGACCAUUGGAAACGUGCCUAUCCUGAUCCUUGGCAACAAGAUCGACCGACCAGAGGCCAUCAGCGAGGAGAAGCUGAGGGAGAUAUUUGGAUUGUACGGACAGACAACAGGCAAGGGUAACAUUGCCAUGAAGGAGCUGAACACAAGACCACUGGAGGUGUUCAUGUGCAGCGUGCUGAAGAGGCAGGGCUAUGGGGAGGGCUUCCGCUGGCUCUCCCAGUACAUCGACUAAAGCAGUCAUGCCCGAUAGCAACAACGCCGCCGCACCACUACCACCACCAUCAGGGGGCGCUAAAUCCGACCACCCAGACGCCCACCGUUGCCACCAGUACCACCAUACUCAGCCCCAUGUUUGGUUCAAUAAGUCUGCCUCCACUGUCAGAGAAACCAGUACAACUUGAUCCCAAUAGACUUUUAUUGGUCGAACAUUUGGUACCACACUCACAAGCAAGCAAACAAACAUACAUAAAUACAUACACACUUACAUACGCACACACACACACACACUCAUCUCUAUCUCUCUUUCUUUUUCUAAGAGAGGAACAGCGCCGAUUCCACAGCUGAGGUGUUCAAAUUCAGAUGGAUGAGUCUUUUCUAUAUCAUUUCCUGCCUUCUCCCCAUCUCAUUUUGCCAUCUAUUGCGUGUGCUGAUAAAUGCAUUAUAUCUGUAAAUCUGUACAUGAUACUAUUGGUAUACCAACGACCUCCCACCCAUACUCCCUGCCCCCUUCCUCAACACAUUCUGGGCAAUGAGAGAGAGUAAUGUAGUUGUACAUGUUGCAAUACACUUUUUUAACAGUAAAGGAGACAUUCAGCCUAGUAUUUAAUCACCACAUUUUGGUUUGUCUUUUCUCACUUUUUUUUCUUUUACAUGAUUUCAAUAAACAUAAAACUUGUGGCCACAUGUACAGCCCUCACCAUCAAGAAUUGUGUCUGUGUGGCUGUUCUACCCAUUUAUUAAAAACGGAGCAGUGCAUUUAUCUCAAUGGUUUGGAAAUAACAUCUAUGUCUUUUGUCACACAUUAUUUGGAAGUUAGGGCACUUUCCUUUACAAACAGGACUUUUCAAUCUUGUGGGCACAGUAGCACUGAAUGGGUCAAAGAGGUCUGUGGGGUCCCUUUUUUAUUUUAGAGAGACCUGAAGUGGAAAAAGACCACACAUCCAGUAAACUGGAGAUUUUAAUACACGAAACAUCAGCUAUUGUAACAGUUUUUCACCCUUUGUGAGGUUUGGUGAUGAAAAUGCAUAGAUAGCACAAUGACCAGAUUUUGAAAAGAAAACUAUUUAACUGUGAAUGAAACUAUUGAAUAAAAAGCUUGAUAAUAACAUGCAGUAAGAGACAAAGGAGGAAAGAAGAAAAACAGAGUUGGUUGGCAGUUUGUAACAUCUAGUAGUUGUCAAUAUUAGACGUCCAUCUUACAGAUGAUUUCCCCAGCGCAGACCUUUGACAAGGUGUAUCUAGUGACCAACUGUAGAUAACAGAGAACACACAGUUCCACAGUAGGAACUGACAGAUAGGCCUAAGACAUCUAUAAGAAAGGGACCAUGAAAAAAAACAUAUAUAUAUAUACACACAUAUAUAUAUAUAUAUAUAUAUAUGAACACAUACAUGAAAUGUACAUGAACAUCGUACAUGGAUUUUUUUUUAUAAGCGGUAUCCCUUGACCUAUGUGCAUUACCAGAAACUAUUAUGCAUGCCUUGUUCUUUUGAUUUUUAUUGACCAUUAUUCCAGCGAGUACAACAGGAGGGAAGAAGAUGCCAAAAUUUACAAUGUUGAGGAGUUUGAGAGCUGAUUGUCAUGUUUUCUGUUUUUUUUUUUGUUUUGUUUUGUUUUUUUUUUUAAAGGAAACAAUGGAAUUGCGCAUGAUACACACUUUCUGUUCCUGUCCCUUUGUGUCUCUUACACCCUCAUGACCACGUGAUGAGCUGUUCUGACAAGGGAGGGACUUGCUGUUGUUUGCAUCAUAAAAAAAUUGUAAUAAAUGUUUGCAAUGAAUAACAGGCUUAA